GAAUCCUUAAGCUUUUUUGCGGUGUCGAAUUAACUACUGCAAACAAAGGUGCUGAAAAAAGCUUCACAAGAAAAAGAAGGGAAAAAACUACAAAUUUAAAACAUAAAUAUUCAUCAAUCAUCAGCAGCAGAAUGCAGUUCUUGAAUACCGAACAACUGGCUUUCAUAUUCGGUCUCUUAGGUAACAUUGUAUCAUUCAUGGUGUUUUUGGCGCCAAUACCAACGUUUUACACAAUAUACAAGAAGAAAUCAUCGAAAGGGUUCCAAUCCAUACCUUACGUGGUUGCCCUACUCAGUGCAACUCUAUUGUUGUAUUAUGGAGUCCUCAAGACAAAUGCUUAUUUGAUCGUCAGCAUCAACGGCAUUGGAAUCGUUAUCGAAGUUACUUACCUCAUCCUCUACAUUGUAUACGCAUCCAAGAAGGACAAGAUUACUACACUGAGUUUGAUCCUGCUAGUAAAUGUAGCCGCUUUCGGGUUGGUGCUGGCAGUCACCGUCUUCCUUCUUGGAGGGACAGCGCGCAUUUGCGCUGUUGGAUGGAUUUGUGCCGUGUUUAACAUUGCUGUAUUUGCUGCUCCUCUAAGCAUUAUGAGGCAGGUAAUAAGAACCAAAAGUGUGGAAUUCAUGCCAUUUUCUUUGUCCCUUUUCCUGACACUUUGUGCCACCAUGUGGUUCUUCUACGGAUUAUUCACAAAGGAUUACUACAUUGCAUUACCAAACGUGUUAGGGUUUCUAUUUGGCGUCGCCCAAAUGAUCCUAUACAUGACAUACAAGAAUUCAGGGAAAGAUGUCGAAGCGAAAAAGAGUACUAUGGAGAUGAAGAAGUUGAGCUCCACCAACCGUCCAAAUUUGACGGGCAGUGUGAGCAAAAAUCCAAGAUCAGAUGAACUUAAGCAGACUACGGAUGUCUAUGAAUCAAACGAUGAACACGUAUAGUUCCCACUGUUUCAGCUCAAGAAAGAUUGAAGAUUUCAUAUAAUUCUAGCCUUAAUUUUCUGUUUAUCCAUAGUGUAUCUCUCAUAUGUAAAACAGUAAAUGGUAAUAACCUUAGGGAUAGAAGCCUUGCUGUGUAGGUGUAAGUGAAGAAUUGGUUGUGUCUUGUAUGUUUUAGAGUUAUUUAAUAUUAAUUAAAUAAAUAUCCACCCAAAUUAGUAGGUGGAUUGGAAUAAUAUUUCUAAGGAAAUAUCAUUGACAACCAAGAGAUAUUCUCCCUUGGAAUAUGCCAAGGAUGGUGGGAUUGGCUUGGUGAGCAAGCAUAUUCUUCUACAGCCACUAUAAAUAGAGGCCAUAUGGGGAGGGUUAGGAGUAGAGAAAUAGAGCAGCCAUUCCUUAGUUUCCCUAGCCGAAAUUCCUUAGUGGAAUUUCCCCGCACAAAUCUCUCCCUACAAGUUCCAUUCUAGCAAGGCGAGACAGUGGUCCGAAAUUUGUCAAUUCUGAUAGUUUAACCUAAACGAA